CUUCUGGUUUCCGAGACAACGACGUCUCUCUUUCCUCUCAGACAGACGAGUGAGUAGUUUAGUAGUAAAGCACUGGGUGAAAAAGAUUAGUUAAGACGAUUUCAAGUUGGUGGAACUAUUUUCUGAAGCUGAAGCCAUUGUUUGUGAUGUAUACUGCAGUUUGAGGAUGGAGACAUCAUGUCUGGACCUGGCUCUGGAAGGUGAGCGGCUCUGUAAGGCAGGUGACUAUCAGGCCGGUGUGUCCUUCUUUGAGUCGGCCAUCCAGGUUGGAACAGAAGACCUUCAAAUCCUCAGCGCCAUCUACAGCCAGCUGGGCAAUGCCUACUUUCACCUACAAGAGUAUAACAAAGCCCUGGAGUACCAUCGGCAUGACCUCACACUUACCAGAACAAUUGGAGAUGAACUUGGUGAGGCAAAAGCCAGUGGCAACCUUGGGAACACAUUAAAGCUUUUAGGACGGUAUGAUGAAGCAGUGGUUUGUUGCCAAAGACAUUUGGAGAUCACCAGAGCCAUGUAUGACAAGGUUGGGCAGGCUCGGGCGCUGUAUAAUUUCGGGAACGUGUACCACGCCAAUGGCAAGAGCAUCUGCUGGACUGGAGCCGAGCCAGGAGACUUCCCAGAGGAGGCCAGGAUAGCCCUGAGGAAAGCUGCACAGUACUAUGAAGCAAACCUGUGUCUGGUGAAGGACUUGGGUGAUCGGGCAGCCCAGGGUCGUACCCACGGUAACCUUGGCAACACUUACUAUCUUCUGGGUGACUUUGACACUGCAGCAGCUGCACAUGAAAAGCGGCUGCUCAUCGCUAAAGAGUUUGGGGAUAAGUCUGCUGAGAGGAGGGCCCACUGUAACCUUGGCAAUGCUCACAUAUUCCUCAGCCAGUUUGAAGUGGCGGCUGGUCAUUACAAGAGGACUCUGCAGCUGGCCAGGCUUCUGAAGGACAAAGCAGUGGAGGCCCAGGCCUGUUACAGUCUGGGCAACACCUACACACUACUGCAGGACUAUGAGAGAGCCAUUGAUUACCACCUCAAACAUCUGGUCAUUGCUCAGGACCUCAGUGACCGAGUCGGGGAAGGACGAGCGUACUGGAGUCUCGGAAAUGCCCACACCGCCCUGGGGAAUCAUCAGCAAGCCAUGUACUUCGCUGAGAAACAUCUGGAGAUUGCCAAAGAGACUGGAGACAAAAGCGGUGAGGUGACAGCCAGGAUGAACCUGUCGGACCUACGGAUGGUAGUAGGCCUGAAGUCCAACUCCAACAUCCACACCAACAUGUUCCGCAACACUAACACUAACAGUUCUGCUCUGUCAGCAAGCUACCCGGGUUUCUCCAGCCUCCAAGGGGUCAAGUCUCCAUCAAGGAUAUCAGGCAGUGCAGACAACCUGGGACUGACUCCAAGUCCCGACAAAAAUCAAACUGGGGAUUCAUCGGCACAUCCGGACUGGGAAGAGGAUGUAUUCCCCGGGUCUUCAAAAAACAACACAAUCAAGGCUUCUACUAAGCUCUUCCUCUUCCACCGGCUGAAAAGCAAGAAGCAAAAGAACAACAAAUCCUCUCCUAAAGACCAGCAAGAAAACCGCGCCGAGCCCUCGGCUCCUGAGCUGAACGCACCAGUAUCUCCUAAGCCAAGAUCACGGGAUACUAUUGGAGAGGAUGGCUUUUUCGACCUCCUCUCCCGUUUCCAGGGCAACAGAAUGGACGACCAAAGGUGCUCCCUACUAGAUGGCCCAAGCCAUCUCACUGCUAAUUCCUCUCCCUCCUCCACCCCACCUGUAGCUGAAAGGAAAUCUAUUUUGGAGUGCGAAACACCGUUGCAGGAUCCUGGUCAUUUCCUGGAGCUGCUGGCCAGCUCCCAGGCCCGUCGUCUGGACGACCAACGAGUCAGCCUGAGCCAUUUUCCUGGCUUACGUCUCAGCAUCUCCAACCCGCCUCUUACACCCUCCACCUCCAGCAUAGAUCAAGUCCCUCCACAAGCCCCGAUCUCCAAUACAGACACCCCUCACACACCCUCCCUGUACAGUCGACUCGAGGACAGUGCUGAGCAGCCUGAGGGGGAUGAUGUCUUCUUCGACAUGCUAGUUAAGUGCCAGGGCUCCCGACUUAACGACCAGAGGUGUGCCGCUCCACCUUCUAAAACUAAGGGACCAACUGUUCCAGAUGAGGAUUUUUUCGGUCUCAUCCUGCGUUCCCAAUCCAACCGGAUGGAGGAGCAACGAGUCCUGCCGCCGCCUGCCGUCACCCAAUCCAAACCAGACUGACCCCUUGAGUGAUUUUUUUUUUUACUCAGGACACAAGAUGAAGUUACCAAGCUUCCUUUUUUCUCUUCUUCAUACACAAUAUUCUUGAUUCCUGCCUUUUUGGAUUGUCCUGACAACGUUCCUGCGAGACUGCCAAGAAUACAAGGGACACUAGAAGGAAUCAAGGUCCCAAACAAUACUAAAAUGGGAAUUUAGGUUUUCAGAACUCAAUGACUUGUUUUUAGAUAGCGGACAGCAUCUCUGGGUAGUCACCACCUUAUUUUGUGGUGCUCCCUGCUGCUCGUUUUAAUCAAAGACCUCUGCCAGUGACGUCUGUCUACUCUGGAGGCUUGCAUCAAGACACUCACACCACAAACUGUUUGUUGUUGUUUGGACUAAAGGCACUGUAUCCAAGGACAUUAGCCAAAACGAAGGAUUUCUGCUUUAUGAUGAUGGACAAAAGAGACAUUAUGUGAACCUAUCUCAAGCAAUUAAACAAAUUUGAACUUUGCACAGCCUGUUCUGCCCAUUUCCGAUUCUAUUAAGUCUUUAAGAGUGGUACAUCUUGGUGUGAACUGAUCUCAGACCUGUCUAGCAAUAACUCAGAGGAUCAAAUGACAAAUCUUCUCUGGGGAAAUAAAGGUCCACAUCCACUUCUACUACUGCAGUGGUGACUAGAGGAGCCAUUUAUAGUAUAUGCUUCCAGAUAUUGCUUUUAAAGACUGCCAGUUUUAUAUCGUUUUAGGUUGUAUGGGUUGAGUUAUUAUUGCCAUGAACUGAAAUGGGAUUUUCUUUGUUGUAACAACAUUUCAUAAGGGAUUAACUAGUGUGAGGGGGAAAAAAAAAAAAAUGUUAUUUUAGCUUUUGUAUUGAAACCUUCUCCUGACAAUGGAGGAAUAAAAUCUCAUGAAUUUACAUCCCAAAUUAUUUAUUUAACCUUGAUUCAUUAUCUUUAGUGUACGACAUGGGGAUCCUUUCAAAUGACAUGCUUUGUAAAAACAA